CGUUGGGGACCGGCCAGGGAUAAGAAAUUAUUUCAGAAUGAAUCAAGAAAGCGUACUCGCUUGUUGCGCCGUUUGCAGAGAGAAGACCCAUCGUCGGUGCGGUCGCUGUCUUAAUAUUUACUAUUGUAACACGGAACACCAACGACAAGAUUGGCGCAGACAUAAAAGCGAGUGUGUUUCAAAGUUACCAAAACAGGCUACGGAUAACGUUAACUCUGUCCAUAAGUCGUCUCCGACGAAGGAAAAAGUCGAGAAAGAGAUUAUAGCUAAUAAAGAAGAAAGUGAGACCGUUGGACCUGCAAAGCAAGAGGGUAGUGAAGUUAGACAGUUGAAGAAAUCGAAAAGAAAAAACGUGAAUAAAGAAGGUAGUGCGGAAACGAAUGAAAGUAAACAAUUACAAACUUCUGAAGGAGACGAAAGUGUUAAAAGUAAUUUAAAAGUCGGUUCUUCAGAUUUAAAGGACAGUGUCAUAUCUAGUGUAGUGUAUACAAAUAAAGACUUGACAAAACAGAGUGCCAUUAUUCACGAAGGUUCAUCAGAGCAGGAGAUUCUGAACGAAUCCGCUCAACAGCUUAGCACUGUUGACUUUGCGACAGCCACAACUAAUGUUUUGAAGACUGUAAAUAGAACUAAUGCAAAAAUGCCUCCAAUUCCUGUGUAUGUUCCUGAAACACAUUCUAAAAUGAAGGAGUACCCAGAAGCGUCGCUGAAGGGUAGUGGGGCCUUUAUGAUGAAUAACUUCUAUGCUGACACAAGUGAUCCUAGUUAUGAGAUCUGCCAGAGGGUCAUCAGAGACAUGACCCAGUAUGGUGUGUGUGUUUUGGACAAUUUCCUCGGUAAAGAUCGGGGAUUGUUGGUGCUAAAUGAAGUCUUAGAAAUGUACAGAUCAGGAAUUUUUACUGCAGGGCAGCUGGUGUCGAGCCCGGGCAGCACGGAAGCUCAGACUAUCCGCAGCGACCGCAUCACCUGGAUAGACGGCAAGGAACCACAAUGUUUCUACAUUAAGCAGCUCAUCUCACAGGUAGACAAAAUAAUACUACAGGCGAACAAAAUGCCCAAUAAUGGCAAGAUGGGCGACUACGUCAUCGAUGGCAGGACGAAGGCGAUGGUGGCAUGUUACCCCGGCUCAGGCAGCCAUUACGUAAAGCACGUUGAUAACCCCAACAAGGACGGCCGGUGCAUCACUGCCAUAUACUACCUCAACCUCGACUGGGAUAUCAAACGAUGUGGAGGACUGUUGAGGGUGUUCCCUGAAGGCACCAACCAGGUGGCGGACAUCGCGCCCAUUUUCGACCGCAUGCUGUUCUUCUGGUGGCCCGCCUACAGCACUAGAUAUGCGAUAACAUUAUGGUACUUCGACGCGCAGGAGAGGGCGGAGGCACUCAGACAUUACAAAGAACGCGGUCAGCCGUCUUCUAGCAAGUGACGGCGGUCGAGAAUAAUCAACAAGAUAGCUAAGUUUAUAUAAUAAUAUUGUA